AUAUUCUCAACGAUGGCGACAGCUGAGACGCCAAAUGUUUCCUGUGACUAGUUAAUACAUCUACCUCAAAUAGUCCAGUUAUAUGGUCCACUGGAACAGUAGUAAGGAGCUAGCUUAAAGAUAAUAAUCAAGAAGCCUUAGGGGAUGCAUUAUACAAGAAGAGGAAAGAAAGUAAAUUAUUACAAUUCCUAAUUCUAAAGAGCAACAUCUGCCAAUAUGGAUGAUUCCCAAACUCAGCAAACAAUAUCACAUCCUCUAGAAGAUGCUUCUAUUAAGYCUGAAGGUGACAAGGGACAAGACCAUACAGCUUUACAGUAUAAUGAAGAUAAUGUGGAUAUGUAUCAACCAACUACAGCUUCACUAGAGGGAUCCUCUGUAAUAGAAGCACAAAGUCAUCUCAUUGAACCAUCUUCUGAAUCUCUCAGAAACCCUGAGAUGGAUAAACAGGAAUCUACUCCUGAGAAGCAGUCAUCAAAUGAUGAGCAAGUUACAGACAAACCACCUGAUGAAAAAACAGAGGAAUCCGCUGAACCAAAGGAGAAACCCUUACCAGAGAACAUGGCAAAAUGUGAGUUUUGUAGUCACAUUGGUGUAAGAGAAUCUUUCUUCUCAAAAUCAAAACGAUUCUGUAAAAUGGAGUGUGCUAAAAGAUAUUCUGCAUCAAACAUUAAAAAGAAAGCCAAAGACAAAAUAGGAACUACUAAGAAAAAACACAAACCCUCGUCAAGUGCUUCAACCAGAAGUACUACAGCAAAUGUAUCAGCAACUGCUGCUGCUGCUGCUAAGGGAACACCAAGAGAGGAAGAUGUUGCCAUGGAUACCACAAGUCAACAAGUGUCUACACAGAAGCAUCUACAGGGACCAGGAAGUUUACUUGGACAAGGACGAGAAGUGGGUGAGAGCUGGCAAAACAAAACUUUUGAUUGGUCCGACUAUCUCAAAAAAACUGGUGCUAAACCUGUUCCAGCUUUUAUGUUCAAACAUGUAUGCAUGAAUCCCUGCUUGAAAGGGGUCCAUGUUGGCAUGAAGGUAGAAGUAGUCAACUGUGGCAUGGAUGUGGUUGAUGACAGUGAAGUGGCUUUCUGGGUAGCGACAGUCAUGCUGUUGAGACAACACCGGGUCUUGCUCCGCUAUGAAGGAUAUGAAGAUGAUGAAACGGCUGAUUUCUGGUUUGACUUAAGGUCACCAAAUAUUCAUCCUGUAGGGUGGUGUGCAAAAAGAAACAAGUUGUUAAUACCUCCACCAGCCAUAAGAGACAGGUGCAGUAAUUGGAGAGAUUAUUUAUUUAAGUGUUUAUCUGGUGCCAAGACAUUUUCAGCAGAGUUUCUUCAACAGCUUCAAGACCAGCCAUUUAACCGUUUUCAAAAAGGCAUGAAGGUAGAAGUAGCAGACCGGAAGAAUAUGUAUUCAAUGUGUGUAGCUACAAUAGUAGAUGUCAUCGGUGACCGGUUAAGACUGCGCUAUGAUGGUUUAGAACCUGACGUAGCUGAAGACUUCUGGUGUCAUUAUCAGUCCUCUGAGAUUCACCCUAUUGGAUGGUCAUCUCUUGUUGGUCAUACUCUACAACCCCCUAUCGGAUGGAAACAUAGUCUGAGUAAAUGGAAUGAAUUUCUUGCCGAAGAUUUAGCUAAUUCUGUUGAUGCUCCUCAAGAAUUUUUCGUCCAGGACUCUACGGGCACGGCGCCAGGUCCUCAUCAGUUCAAAGUCGGCAUGAAAUUCGAAGCUAUCGACCCGUUCAACCCAAGCCACAUCGUAGUUGUGACAGUUAUCAAAGUUCUUCGAUUCAACUACUUUGUUCUUGGCGUAGACUCGCUGGCAACGUACUUUGUGUGUCACGCAAACAGCAGAAACAUUUUCCCUUGUGGCUGGGCCAAAUCACAGUCGCUCCCUUUGACUCCCCCUAGAGUUUGGCGUUCGCCUUUUGUUUCAGAUUACACCCCAGAGACAUUCAACUGGCCUGAGUAUUUAGAGAAAACAGGAGGAAUUGAAGCCCCGGUUGAUCUCUUUAAACAGGAAAGACGAAUGAAUGGUUUUCGAAAAGGAAUGAAACUAGAAGCAGUAGAUCUUCGAGAACCUGCACUCGUAUGCCCCGCUACUGUAACCGAUGUUAAAGGCCCACUACUAAGGAUACACUUUGACGGUUGGGACGAUUCUUACGACCAGCUAGUCGAUAUGGACUCCUUAGAUCACUUUCCUGUCAGUUACUGUCUGUCUGUCGGACAUCCACUACAGCCGCCUGGUCCCAUGCCUGAUAAGUACGUAGAGCGGUACGGACCAGAACUCGAAGGCGUUAAACAAGCGCCUAAAAGAAAGUCGCCAACCAUGGAGGAUAAAGGACAGAAAAAGAAAUCUAAAAGUAUUUAUCCUCAAGAGACUGUGUACUUUAACCGUAAGUGUUUUCCCGGACCUUAUUUAAACCGUGAUCUGGUCAAGAGUUUACCAGAGUCUGCACGAGGAGCAGUAGUUGGASCCGAGAAACAUAACGUUAUGAGGAUGUGUAUGCAAAGCUUAGUGUCGUCGGCUGUCAACCCCAAGCAGGUUCUAGAGUUAUUCAGCCGAGAAUUCUAUCAGAACAAAAAGAAUAAAGACCUUCAUUUAGGAGGCACUGUGUGUAUAGAGAUGAAAAGUAAAAAUGGCAAACGAAUCAUGCGAAGAGUUCGGGUUGCAAAUAAAGCAGAACAUCUAUUCGCUUAUUUGCACCGGGUGUGUCAAGUACUACACUGCUGUCCUGAGAUCGUUAGCUCCACGCGUUACCCCAUGGGCUAUUGUAGUCCGUUAUGUAUGAGCAGAUCUAAAGAAAAUGGCGUCUCUUCGACAAGUGAUGGUCGCCUUCAAGAUGAUAUGAACACGGAAACAAAACCGGAUGACGAAGAAGACAAAAACACUGAACCCACAGAAGAACAGUCUGCAGAAACUGAAGGGGAGGUUUUGUCUCUUCCGGUCAAGGCAGAAGGGAAAGAUUCGCCUCAUGAAGCAAUGGUGACAUCAACGAGUAACCUACCUGGUUCACAAGAACAAGAAUCAGAUGCAGCAUCUGUAUUAUUAUACCAGAGUUGUAAUAACGGGAAAGACCCUCGUACAUGGAAUAUGCAAGACGUUGCCAACUUUAUGUUAUCUAUAGGUUGCUCAAACUACGCCGAAGCCUUUAUCAAAGAGGAAAUCGAUGGCAAAGCACUGUUAUUACUCACACAAGAAAUGCUAGAAUCACUGACCGAAAACAAGCUAGGCCCGAUGACUAAAAUACACAACGCUGUACGAGCACUCAAGCAAUCAUGGGGUAUCUAAUAACAAUAACCACUUUAAUCAUAUGACCUCUAAACGCCAUAUGAUUGGUAGAUCAACUACCAAUCAUUCUUCGUUAUUAUUAUAAUUUGAAUUUUGCAUGAAAUAUUCACAACCGUCUAAAAGUCCUCUUUACCAAGUUAAAGGGUACAUCUGUAUCGAAGACAAACUCACCAUAAGKCUCCCUUCUACAUGGAAGAGAGAACUUGAUACAUUAUUCAUCCAUAUUUUAGAUACCUGUUAGGAUUCAUUUCUGCUGUACGCUUACACUACCAUGUCAAACCACGCCCUCACUUACACCACAACAAACAAACAAUGAAUAUUUUAAACUAAAAAUGCUUCCAUCCUUUAUUGUUGACGUUCUAAUAACGAUAUAAUAAUCACUAUAUUUGUAUCAUAGAAUCAGUAUUUCGUGGAGAUAGGUGUUUAUUUGAUAGUCAUAGUAAUUAGUUAUUGAUUAAGACUUAAGAUGAUAGAUUAGUUGAAUAAAGUAUCUCUCCACGGAACCUGGUCAUUUUCCUCAGUAGCAGUAGCAAAUAUUACAACAGCUUUCCAACAGACAUCUAGAGAUAUAUAAUGUUUCUUUGCUAGUGAGCCUUCUCUCGUCCUCGUUUGGGCCACUGCAUUUAGUUUUUAACGCCUGGUUGAGAACCUCAGGAAAAAAAGCAAAAAACAUCUGAAAAUCGUGGGUUAAGUUUGGGUGGUGCUUUUCUAUGGCUUAAAUGUAUUAUGGAAAUCCUGAAGAUGAUAAGAUGAACAUUCUCAACUGGGAGGUUAUAAUUAAAUUCACUGGUCCACGUUUUGCAUUUUUUUUGUUUUUUUUUUGUUUUUUUUUUUUUUUUUUUUUUUUUUUUUUUUUUUGUUGUGCAUAGGUACAGCAGUAUGGUAUUUCUCUUUAUGCCAUACAGUAUUUCCUGCGUGAUUUGUGUAGGGAAUGAGACAUAUUGUUUGUUGUACAGAGUAGAAGCAGAAUCGAAUCUAACAAAAGCUUGCGCGAUGUGUUCCAUUCAAAAGAUUUUUUCCUUCCAAGUCACCAGCAGUAUGUACGUUCGUUCACGACGAUAACUACAAACUGCAUAAUCUGUAUGAGUGAGUAGGUUUUGCAUCUUGAACAAUUGAAGCUAUUGAAAAGAAAAAAAGCUUGUACCUUUUAUCAUGCAAUACCUACUUUCUGAUUGGAAGAGGGACUAAUUGAAUUUGUCAAUUGCUAUGCGAUGUUCUUAUCCAUACAAAAGUGUUUUGAGAGUCAGGCCACCUGACAUUACUUUGCCAUAUACUUAUUUCAAUAAAGUUAGACACCAAAAACCUAUAAAGCUGCGACUGCUGAGGAUCAUGGGAAACAUUUCAUAUCCAACAAGUAAACCUUUCGAUACAAACUGCAACUUGAGGAUGCUCACAGGACAUGAGAGUGGAACUUGUAAUCGAUCUUAAGUCUAUCAAUAGUAGCGGUUAAAACAUUUAAACUUUUUCUACCCAUAGUCGUUGCCGGUAUCAGUUUUUGAGGUGACUAUAAACUUUAUUGAAAUAAGUAUAUAUCCUCGUAAACUUAACAAGUUGUUGCCAUGCAUAAACCAUUGAGUUCAAUCACAAGCAUUUGUAUUAGCAUAGCAUACUCGACAAUAAUCACUGUUUGGUACGAGUGGAAAAUUGUCUAUGCUCGUUGCUCAUGCUUGUGCUUGCAUCGUUAGCGAACACCGAGAAUCGACACCACAAUAUUUCUAAAGUAACGCAUUGCUUAGUCAAAAAAGAACUUAUAUAUARUUAUAUUGGUAUAUAUAUCUAUAUAAGAUGCUAUCGGCCCUAAARCCAGCACACCUCUAAAGUAUAUGGUAAACAUCAUACAGUCAAUGUCAAUAUAUCAUACAACGACAAAGUGUCAUUAAAAGUGACAAAAACGUGAAAAAGCGUGAAAAAACGUGACAUCCAAUAGACCCUUUGCAUGUGACGUCAAAGCAUCUUAAUUUGAAGGACAAAAGAAUUUUAAUAUUAUAAGAAUUGGAAUCCUAUUGUUAUGUCCUCCAAAUUAAGCAGCUUUCCGACGUGCUGCAAGAGGUCUAUAACCCUCACGUGGCAAGCAAUUGUGUCACACAACAUCAUUAACUUGUCACGUAAUAGAUCGCGUUUAUCAUUUAUGGUUAUGUUUAUUGUCAAUUUACGUAGAAGUUGACGUAAGCCCUAAUUUGAGCUGUCUUUUUAUCUCCAUCGCCCUUGAGAAAAGUGUCUCCAAUAUUGCAGUGCUGUUCUAUUUAUUAAUGUAAUUUAAUUCAAUUCCUCGACUUGUAAAGACCUCCAAAUAAUAAAAGGUGUAUAGUGAUAUA